CUGUAAGUAGUUUCCCGCCAGCACAGUUUGGAAGCAGUGAGAGUGAAGAAAAUGUUGUGGGUAGACAAGUAUCGUCCCAAAACCCUAGACCAUGUUAUGGUUCACAGCGAUACCGCUCAAAAUCUCAAGAAAUUGGUUUCAGAACAUGAUUGUCCUCAUUUGCUGUUCUAUGGUCCAUCAGGUUCUGGCAAGAAAACCCUAAUCAUGGCUCUUCUCCGCCAAAUGUUUGGACCCGGUGCUGAAAAGGUGAAGGUGGAAAAUAGAGCAUGGAAAGUGGAUGCUGGGAGUAGAUCUAUUGAUUUAGAGCUGACAACAUUAUCAAGUGCCAAUCAUAUUGAAAUGACUCCAAGCGACGCAGGCUUUCAGGACAGAUACAUUGUUCAAGAAAUAAUCAAAGAAAUGGCUAAAAAUAGACCCAUUGAUACGAAAGGGAAGAAAGGAUUUAAAGUGCUUGUCCUAAAUGACGUGGACAAACUCUCCAGAGAAGCCCAACAUUCUCUCCGCAGAACGAUGGAGAAAUAUAGCGCUUAUUGCAGAUUGAUUUUGUGUUGCAAUAGUUCUUCUAGAGUCACAGAAGCCAUCCGCUCCCGUUGUCUUAAUGUGCGAGUAAAUGCACCAAGUGAAGAACAGAUUGUUGAAGUUUUACAAUUCAUUGGGAAGAAAGAAGGGCUGCAACUUCCUUCUAGUUUUGCUGCUCGCAUAGCAGAGAAAUCAAAUCGAAAUUUAAGGAGGGCCAUACUAUCAUUUGAGACUUGCCGCGUCCAACAGUAUCCUUUCACCGAUAAACAAACAAUUUCCCCAAUGGACUGGGAGGAAUACAUUUCAGAAAUCGCAUCCGACAUAAUGAAGGAACAGAGCCCAAAAAGGUUGUUUCAAGUUCGAGGGAAACUGUAUGAGCUUCUAAUCAAUUGUAUCCCUCCCGAAAUCAUUUUGAAGAGGCUACUUUAUGAGCUAUUGAGAAAACUGGAUGCGGAACUUAAGCAUGAAGUCUGCCAUUGGGCAGCAUAUUACGAACAUAGGAUGCGCCUUGGACAGAAGGCCAUUUUUCACAUCGAAGCUUUUGUGGCGAAGUUCAUGAGCGUCUAUAAGUCCUUCCUGAUCGCAACAUUUGGCUGAAGGAUAAUGAUUUUAUUUUGUAUGCUGUAUUUUAUCUGAAUUAAUUACUGGAUAUUUCUUUUAUUCUCUAAUCUCUAAUUAAGGUUUCCUCAUCUUGGAUGCAUACUAUAAUUAUCAUGAUAUGAUUAUGAUGUUUUGGUAUGUAGAGGUGGUAUGCUUCAUUAAAUUCUGGGCACUUCAAAUUAUGUUUGGUUCUUCGAGUG